AUUUCUUCAAUUCUUUCUUCCAAAAAAAAAAAAAGAAAGAAAAAAUUCUUAGAAUUCUCAAUUUCUUGGGUUUUCUUUGAUUUGAUUUGGGUUUUAAUUCACUGAUCUGAUAUGGCUGAGGAAACUAAAGCACCAGCUGCGGAGGCGCCGGCGGCCGCUGCCGAGGAGGUGGUGGUUUCCGAUGUGCCGGUAGCGGAGAAGCCGGAGGCUCCGGCGGUUGUGGAGAAGGAGGCGGAACCCGAGGCGGCCGGAGAAGCGGCGGUGGAAGGUGAGAAGGAGAAGAAUGGUGUUGCAGAAUCGACGUCGUUUAAGGAGGAGAGUAAUAAGGUGGAGGAGCUUCCCAACCCGGAGAAGAAAGCUUUGGAUGAGUUUAAGCAGUUGAUUCAGGAGGCUUUGAACAAGCACGAGUUUACCGCUCCGCCUCCGCCGCCGCCGACGGCGGCGCCGGCAAAGGAGGAGGAGGAGAAGAAACCCGCCGAGGAAGAGCCAAAGAGUGAGACUAAGGAAACUGAGGCUCCGGCGGUGGCGGAGGAGUCACCCGCCGCCGUGCCGGAGGAGCCACGCGCCGCCGUGCCGGAGCCAGAAACAGCACCCAAGGAGGAGGAGGAGGAGAAAGCCGCUCCGGCUCCGCCACCGCCGCCGCCCACGGAGGAGACGCCGGCGGAACCGGCGGUGGUCGUCGUCGACGAAAAGGCCGCCCCCCCGGCGGAGGAAAUCAAGGAAACCAUCGUAGAAGUAGCCGCCGCAGCCCCACCGGCGGAAGAUCCCGCCACCGCCGACGCCGCCGCAGACUGCGGCGCCGUCGAAGAAGUCCCGCCACCGGUCCCGGAAGAGGUUUCCAUCUGGGGAAUUCCCCUCCUCGCCGACGAACGGAGCGACGUGAUUCUCCUCAAAUUCCUCCGGGCACGCGAUUUCAAGGUCAAGGAAGCCUUCACGAUGCUCAAAAGCGUGGUGGCAUGGCGGAAAGAGUUCAAAAUCGAGGAGCUUCUAGAAGAAUCCGAGCUGGGUCAAGGCCUAGACAAGGUUGUAUACAUGCACGGAGUGGACAAAGAAGGCCACCCAAUCUGCUACAAUUCGUUCGGAGAGUUUCAGGACAAAGAAUUGUACCAAAGCACCUUUUCCGACAAGGAAAAGCUCAACAAAUUCCUGCGAUGGAGGAUCCAAUUCAUGGAGAAAUCAAUCCGAAACCUAGACUUCAGCCCUGAUGGGAUUUGCACCUUUGUUCAGGUCAUUGAUCUCAAGAACUCCCCUGGCCUUUUCUUCUUCAAGAAAGAGCUCCGCCAGGCCACCAACAGGGCUCUCCAAUUACUCCAAGACAAUUACCCUGAAUUUGUUGCCAAACAGGUGUUCGUCAAUGUUCCUUGGUGGUACCCAUCCUACUAUAGGAUGAUCAAUGCUCUGUUCACCACGAGGACGAAGAGCAAGUUUGUGUUUGCAGGCCCUUCGAAGUCUGCUGAGACACUCUUCAAGUACAUUGCGCCCGAGCAAGUGCCAGUUCAAUAUGGUGGCCUUAGCCGAGAAGGCGAUUAUGAGUUUACUACUGCUGACCCUGCAAUAGAGGACACUAUCAAGCCGACCUGCAAGCAUACUAUCGAAUUGCCUGUGACCGAGAAUUGCACUUUGGUUUGGGAGGCUAGAGUCGUCGGCUGGGAUAUCUCCUAUGGAGCGGAGUUUGUGCCAGCCGAUGAAGGCGCCUACACCAUCAUAGUAGAGAAAUCGAGGAAGAUUGGAUCAGCCGACGAGACAAUCAUUGGCAACACCUACAAGGCGGAGAGCGCUGGAAAGGUCGUGCUAACGUUCGACAACCAGACCUCGAAAAGGAAGAAGCUUCUCUACAGGUCCAAGACCAAAGCCCUCUGAUUGAAACACUAUCACCACCUGUGCUUGAUUGAUUGAUUCCUGGUGCUUCAAGUUCCAUCUGAAAGGAAGGGUUCUUUCUUUGUUCAUAGAAUUUUUUCUUUCUUCCUUACUGUUAUUAAAUUUAAUUUUAUGGUCUGGGAUAUGUUAUAAAUAUUUGUUGCAUUUUUUUUUUCUUUUCUUUUGAGAGGGGUUUUGGUCUUUGGAUUGUUCUAAAUAUAUGGGAACAGAAAUUUGAGAAUGCCUGGAUAUAUAAAUACAGGGGGUUGUAUUAUUGUGGAAUGUAUUCAAGACAACAUUUGUUACUAGCUACUACACAACUUUGCCUUGUAAAAUUUGUGUAAAUCUGAUACUUUGGUUUUGUUUUCUUUUGA